UAUACCAAAAUCUACCCAUUACGAUAAUAGACUUGCCCAUGGAAAUGUAUAUGGAAUCUCUGUACAAUUCUAUACGGGCUCCUGUAUCUUGUCCCAACUCCCUCUAUGCUGGGCUUUCUUUGAGGAUAUUUUCGUUAUUUUCCAAAACACUGAACCAGUAAGGGCUCGCCCACAACCGGAAAUGGCCAGAAAAAGGUUAAGCACCCCCGGGUACAUCACGAGCACCAAGGGUCACUCAGUGUUGAGAAAUAAAUGGGGGUAUGGAGGGAGGGCCCUGUCACCCAUAGAUGACCUCUACCUAACAGACGUCUACCGCCCCAAGUAUACAACAUAUUUUGAUACCACAGGGACGGAAAACGAGAUACGGAGAAACGUCAACCGCGAGCUUCUCUUUUCGACACACGCUGCUGAUGAUGCCUUCGACGUAGCGGCAAAAUCCAAGAACAGAGACCAAGAAAUUUUACGAGAGGCCUCUAACGCAAUCCCCCCGUCGAAAUCCACGCCUGCUGCCUACGACACCAGCGCUGGUCGGAAAGUAUCGUCUGCUUAUGUCCCUCAUAGGCGUUUUCAGACUGAGUGGCCAGAUUCGGAUUCAUACAGGAGUGUUCUAACAUUGAAACCAUCAGGAGCUCGUUCCCAAUCAGAUUGGGCAUCUAGUUCAAUAUAUAGAGAUAUACGAAAUCCUGAGAGAUAUGAACUUAGGCGCCGCGCCGCCAGAGAAUCCCCUAUUCGUUCCCCAACCAUUUCUCCUUACCAGAGCCCCAGAGAGUCCCCUGACAGGGAGUUAGGACAAGGUCGCAGGUACAGAAGGGUCGCGCCCGGGCGCGUGGGGAGUUCAUACACUAGGCUGAUAAAUAAGAACUCUUACGAUGUGGACGAUUACAGUGACAUCGAUGAUACAUUCGAUGAUGAAGAUGACAGAGACAAAUAUUUGAACUAUCCGAUAAGAUGCGAUGACAUGUAUGAUGAUGGUGAUGACAUUAUUGACGACGGGCAAUCAACAACAAGUCAUAUCAGUAGCUACUAUGUGCCUCCGCGUGAACGCUCGCCUAGCCCAGUUGAGUAUAUGGCUUACCAGCCUCGAAAACGGAGGGUAUAUGAUGACGAUGAAAAGUCGGAAACUCCUCCUCGCUACACGAGUGUCGCAGAUAUCCCUCUCUUUUCUAUGCCGCCUUACCGAUCCGCUUUGAAUAUCAAUAAGUCCGCGUUGGUUCAGAGCAAUUCACCGGUGCGUCAUGGCUCUUCGGUAGCAAACGAUGUCAUGUUCCAUGAUAUAAUUUCUCAAACAGCCGCCAAGGCGCGGCAGGCCCUGAAGAAUGUUAACUUAGACGAGUAUGAUUCGGCUGCUUUAGUGUUUAGUGUAGAGGGGGAAAUGAAAGAUCCUGUCAGGGGAAAGGCUGUGGGGUUCGAAUAUGUAGCUCGUCCUCUUAUGUUGAAGGGUCCAAUGCUAGCGGGUCCAGCUAGUUACGCUAUCCGCUCAUCAGAUCAUGAUUUUAGGGGCUACUUAAAUGAUUUAUCAAACUUUCGACAGGGAAUUAAAGACAGACUUUCAAGUGGCUAUAGUGCCCUUUCCGAGGCAGUACGAUUGCCCCGUUAUCGAAGGAGAUUGCCUUUAGCAAUAGAUUACGAGGAUGAUGAAGACAUAUAUGAUUACGGUUACACUUCCUCACUACUCAGUCGUAGAAAACGAAUUGGGGACUACUUGUAUGGAGAGAGGUUAAACCUGUUUCCAACAGUUGGAAGUAGACAUAGAGCUUUGACAUCGUCCGAUGCUUCCCUAGACCAAAUCGAUACGAUGGAAAUGUACGACCCAGACGCAGAACUUCAGCUUACAACUCUUGAAAAAAUUAAGAUUAAGGCCGCUCUAGUGGGAAGCAAGGUCGACGUUGUUACACCCAAAAGCCGUAAACCCAAGUCGGAAUACGCUGCCAAGGCUAUUCGCAGAAUUAAGAAGGAAGAGAGGGAACAGACUGUCCCUGAGGAUGUCACGUGUUCAUCGAUGUCCGCAUCCAAGCCAGUUUCGACUACGUCAACCAGAGGAGGAAAAGCUAUACGGGACGUUGAUGGGUUUAGUCAACCCAAAAAUGUUUUGUCUUGGCAGUAUCGUAUUGAAUCACGCAUGGAUCCCGAGGAUUACAUCGAAGUGCCAAAAACGUAUGCAGCGGUGAAAGAGCGGAUGAAACAUAUCCAUUGCAAAAUGGACAAACAUCGCCAGCUUAUGGACAGGUAUCUAGAGCCUGAUCUGAAACCCGAAUCCGAAGACGUUAAGAGUAAAAUAAUGAAUUUGUACGUCGAUUUGGAGCAGAGGAACCCCUCUCUUUUCAGGGGAAGUGGAGAAGGCGCUACGUCAUCAUCAACUGAAUAUAGUGAAAAAACUACUUCGGUACGAGCAUCUUCUGUACGUCCGCCGCCUGUCAGUUUUGUCCCUGGCACCAAGUUUCAUGGAGAUGACAACAAGUAUUCCCCAAUGUCUGAUGUUCGUAGACGUGUCCGAAGCGUGAUUCGCAAGAACAAGAGGGCUGCCUCAGUCCUUUAGUACAACCGGAGGUCAAUCUUAGGUACAAAGGGGAGGGGCUAACGUUCGGAUGAUAAAUUCUUGAGAGUCAAUGUUGCAGAAACUGGCGUUUCUCUUUGAAAACGGUUUCCAGGCUACAAAAAACAUUCUGACAAUUUUCAUACCUUUUCUUUUUGAUGCGCUUUAAAUGGGUCGAAACACAACACAGUACAGAGGAUGUUACAGUACAUAUGUCGAGCAGAUACAGCAAAGAGAACAAGCUGGCAGACAAGUUGAUCGACGGGAGCUAAUUGAUAGCAAAGCAUAGCUUUCAUUAUGAAGUAUGGACUAACUAAAUAUCAUCAACAGAGUCGAUUUGAUUUUGGUAUAGUCGGCGACACCACUUUCCAAGAUUCGAAAAAUGGAAAUGGAUUAAUUGAAAAAAUAUUUCAAGACGUGAGAUUCACGAGUUGUCGGUCGUGUACAAUUUACUUUUUACUAAACCCUAUGGAAAAUUCCACGAACAUCGGAUUGACUUAUUCCUGUGCUCAAGGAAAUGAUCAGCUUUCAGAUGUACAUUAAUUAUGCUUACAAUCCCUCUCCUUUGUGUACAAAGUUUUUUUUAAUUAUUGUGUGUAAAGUUCUCCAUUCUUGUACCUGAAUUGAACUGCCACAAAGCCACAUUGUGAUAAACGACAUUAUUUUUAUUGUUUGAAGUUUACAUGAUAACGGACUCUAUUUACCAAUAAUAAUUAUGUGCUGAUCAAAGUCGAUGCCAAUGUUAACAGUUGUAUUGGAUGCAAGAAUAAAAUAUCUUUUUGUACAUAAAUUAUUGUAUUAGAACAGUAUAGAUAUAACUAAUUCAUUUUAUUUAAAUAAGAUUAAGUUUAAUUACUACUUUCUGUUAAGUUAACUUAUAAAAGAUGUACAGCAUAUUGUGAAUUGUAUAUCCUGCUUAAGGUGCGGUUUGUUCUAGAAAUGGAGAAAUGUACGUGAUUUCAUGAUAUUGUUUACAUUAUUAUUACUUUAGCUACAUAAAAAAAAUGUGAACGCCCUC